AUGGCGGAACUUGUGGAGGUCCUCAAGGCGCUCCUCAGCGCCGACAACGCCAUCCGGUCGGCAGCGGAGAAGCGGUACGAUGAGUCUAAGCAGCAGAUGCCCUCUGCCACCGUGGCGGCGCUCGUGCAGGUGCUGAGCACCGCGCAGUGCGAGGUGGCCGUCCGCGAGCAGGCGGCGGUGCUGCUGCGGCAGUGCCUCGGCAAGGUGCGCGACGAGGGCUCCCUGUGGAAGAGGCUGGGCGGAGAUGCGGAGCGCGCGCAGGUGCGCGCGCAGCUGCUGCAGCUUAUCGAGCAUGAGGCGGACGACAAGGUGCGGCGCAAGGUGGCCGACUGCGUGCAGAGCCUCGCGAACCAGAUCAUCGACAUCGAGGAGAAGGCUCGCCCGGCCAAUUGUGAGGCGUGGCCCGAGCUGAUGCCGUUCCUGAUGCGCGUCAUCUGCGACACGUCCCGUCCGGCGCAGCUGCGCGCCGACUGCCUGUGGGUGGUCAAGGAGGCGUCCGUCUCGGUGUGGCAGGUGCUCGUCGCCGGCGGUCAGCAGACGGCGCAGGUGGUGAAGGCCUGCCUUGCCGACGGCAGCGAGGCAGUGAGGGCCAACGGCGCUUGCAUGUACUGCCAGCUGGUCAGCGACCUGUCGGAGAAGGGGGACAGAAGGGCCUUCACGCCCUUCGUGCCCGAGGUCUUCCAGGUGCUGGCCGGGCUCGCGCAGUUGCCGGACCCCAAGCACGUGCAGGCGGUACUCACCACGAUGCAGGCCACCGCGGAGGUGGCGGACAUCUUCAAGGACCACCUCGGCCCGCACGUGCUCCCGGUGCUUUGCCCCAUUGCGAAGUCUCACAAGGAGAACGGCGCGAGGAAGCUGGCCCUGGAGGUGCUCCUGUGCAUCCUGGAGAACAAGACAAAGAUGGUGCUCAAGACGCAGGGCGCCGCCAGCGCUAUUCUCGACAUCAUAUUCACCUUCCUCAUGGAGCUCGACGACGACGUGGAGGACUGGGCUGUGCAGGAUGAGGACGAGGCCGAGGCGGAGGAGAACUACGCCUUCGGCCAGGAGGCCAUCAACCGCCUGUGCACGUAUGCCGCCACCGCGGAGGCCUUCGACGGCGUGCUGCAGCUGCUGCGGCCCGCGAUCGCCCAGCUCUUACAGCAGGCAAACUGGAAGGGCCACGUCGCGGGCCUCGCCGCGCUGGCGCAAAGCUGCGAGCACAUCGACGAUGAGGCCACCGCCGAGCAGAUGCUCACGGCCGUGCACAUGCAGCUGCAGUCCUCCCACGUGCGCGCCCGCUACUGCGCGUGGGGGGCGUUGCAGCAGUUCUGCAUAGACCAGGAGGACGCCAUGUCGAGCGACAAGCUGGGCAGCGUGCUGCUGCCGGAGUUCAUCAAGGGCUUCGACGACAAGUGCACGCGCGUCGCCGCCGCCUGCAUGGAGGCCUUCCACUACUUCGGGGAGAAGACCGAGCGCGAGACGCUCGAGCCGUUCGUGCAGCCGCUCAUGGGCAGCCUGGGGGCCAGGCUGCAGGGCCAGUCCUCCAAGCUCCAGCGCGAGGCCAUCACUUGCAUCGCCGUGAUCGCUGGGCAGAUCGAGGACGGCCUCGCCCAGUACUACGCGCCGCUGAUGCCCGUGCUCAAGCAGAUCAUCAGCGCGACUCUUCACAAGGCGGAGGAGCGCAAGCUGCUGGGGAAGACUUUCGAAUGCAUCUCUCUGCUGGCAAACGUCGUGGGCCGUGAGGCCUUCAGGCCAGACGCCGAGGUUAUCAUGCAAGCCAUGGUUCAGGCGUGCACCGUGCCCAACUUGCCCAAGGACGACCCCGUCCAGGAAUAUGUCAUGGCAGCGGCUGAGCGGUUGUGCUCGACGCUCAAGGAGGAGUUCUUGCCCAUCGUGCCGCACCUGCUUCCCGGGAUUCUGGCAAAGUGCAAGCUGGCUCCGAAGGAGUACGACAGCAGCAAGGAUAACCUUGACGACGAAAACCCAAAUCUCAGCCUUGCAAUCACCCAGGGUGACGACGGCGAGGUCAAAGUGCUCGUGGUCAACACGGCAGAGCUUGAGGACCUGGGUAAUGCUUUGGAGUGCAUGCAGACCUUCGCCGAGAAGCUCGGGGCGCAUUUCACACCGUUCCUGGCACAGACGGCGCAGGCCCUGCUGCCGGUCUUCGACUUCAACAUGAGCGAGCAGAUCCGGGACGCGGCGUUCGAGACUUGGGGCCACCUCCUCAACUGCGCCCGCAAGGGCCAGCAGGCCAGCAUGCUGCAGGAGCUCGUGCAGGAGCUCCUGAAGCGCAUCCUGCCGAAGCUCGAGAAGGGCGACUCGGACCUGGAGGCGCAGAAGGUGCGGGCUGACGGUGUGAAGGUGUGCCUGGACCGAGCCGGCCCGGGCAUCCUGGGCCCCGCAGAGGUGAAGCACAUCUGCCAGGUGGCGCUAAGGAUCAUCAGCGAGUCAUUGGCGAGGCGGGAGCAGAAGCCGCAGGGCAAGAGCGCCCCAGCCGCUCCAGCUGCCGAGGAGGACGACAAGAGCUCUGCCAGCGGCAGCGAGGAAGAGGAGGAGCUGCGAACCGCGGCCUGCCACAUGAUCAUCGUGCUGAUGGAGCACCACCCCGCGCACUUCACAGCAGAGGGCCUGCCGCUGCUCUUGCAGAUGGGCGUGGCCCCUCAUUGGGACAGCUUCCUGCCCCGGGUUCUGCAGAACAUGGGCCACGAGUGCCCCGGCCUGAAAGGCAUGGCGUUUUACGCCGCGUCUGCCGCGGCGAAGUUGCAGGCGUUCGCGCCCCACGCGCAGGCCACGGCGCAGAAGGCCGUGGAGAGCAUUCAGCAGGCCAGAGGGCAGGGCAAGAAGAAGUCCGCAAAGCCUCUGCAGGCCGCAGCUGACAACGCGCUUUCUGCUUUAGUGCAAGUUUUGCUGAACCACAAAGCAGUCAUCGCUGCCGCCGAACAGCAGCUCUGGAGCACUUGGCUGGCUGGAAUGCCAUGUCAGGAGGACGAGCAGGAGGGUCAGCGCAAUAACAAGAUAUUGCUCAUGUUGAUGCAGCAGCAGCACGCUCACGUCGUCGGCGAGGGUUGGCAGAACGCACCACGACUGCUGUCACUGUUAGCCGAUGCUUACAAGACGGACAUGUGCGAGGCAGAGACAAGCGCGGCCAUCGCGCAAAUGCUGCUCGGAAUGGACGACGCCAGACUCCAGCAGUGCGCAGCGGCGCUCACAGAAAAGCAGCAGAAGAAGCUGCUCAGAAUCAGAAGGGAAGCGCAGACCUUCGCGGCCACAGCCUGA